AUUUGUUUUGUUUCAAGCUUGUUUGUUACAGUAAAGUCGCAAGCCUCUAGGGGCGCAAUACAAAAAAUGGCAGGACAGGCAGAAGAAGAGUAGUUAUCGCGUGACUUGAAGGAAGACAGUGUAAGCAGUGUGAGCAUAUCCUGGGCUACAAUGCUUCGCUUAUGGGCUUUAUUAGUUAUAUAUUUGGAAUGUUUGGACAAAAUGUAUGUAUACGGGGCUCAGUCAGAGACACCCGCCGCCCAAGUCGCAGCGAGCUGUGGCUGCCAGAGUUUGAAGAGAGACGCUGUUGUGGAGAAUAAGAAAUCCUCCCAGGAUCCAGCUGUAAAAUAUUCCAGAGAAGCAAAUGAGUUGCAGUCUGAUGCGCUUGGAAAGGAGAAUAUACUAAGUCAGAUGGUGCUGAUUUCUGGUGGAAAUUUUCUGAUGGGAACAGACAACCCGGGCAUCCCUGCGGAUGGCGAGGGUCCUCAGAGGCCAGUCCAUGUGGACUCCUUCUACAUGGACAUUCAGGAAGUGACUAACCAACAGUUCCAGAGCUUUGUCAAUGCCACAGGAUACAUGACGGAGGCGGAGACAUUUGGGGAUUCCUUUGUUUUUGAAGGAAUUCUGAGUGAGGCUGUCAAAAGCCAAAUCACACAAGCAGUGGCUGCUGCCCCCUGGUGGCUCCCAGUGAAUGGUGCCAACUGGAGACACCCCGAGGGCCCUGACAGCGAUAUCAAAGACAGACUGCAUCAUCCUGUUAUUCACGUGUCUUGGGCGGAUGCUGUUACCUACUGUACUUGGGCCAACAAGAGGCUUCCCACAGAGGCAGAAUGGGAGUAUGCCUGCCGGGGCAACUUACAGGACAGACUUUACCCCUGGGGAAAUCUGCUGAACCCCAAGGGGCAACACUUGGCCAACAUCUGGCAGGGGGACUUCCCCCACCAUAAUUCUGCAGAGGAUGGCUACGUCAAGACCUCACCGGUGAUCGGAAUGUCUGGCUCCCUGCAGGUGAUGUCAUUUCCUGCCAAUGCUUUCGGUGUGUUUGACAUGGUGGGCAAUGCGUGGGAAUGGACGUCAGACUGGUGGACAGUGCAUCACUCCACAGAAAAACAAAGUAAUCCAACCGGUCCUUCAUCAGGCAGUGACAAAGUGAAGAAGGGAGGAUCAUACAUGUGUCAUAAGUCAUACUGUUACCGAUACCGCUGUGCCGCACGGAGCCAGAACACGCCGGACAGCUCUGCCUCCAAUCUUGGUUUCCGUUGCGUCUCUCCAGAGCCACAUUGACUUACACUUGAGCACAGAUUGACUUUGAAUCAGGGUCUUCUUGACGCCCUCCUUACAAUCAUGGUACAUCCAUUCGGUCUUUAUUUGAGAAUGUAUUAUUUUUAAUAUGGUACAUCAACCACCUGCGUCUGUAAAGGUAUGUGUCGCUUAACUGCAGAGAGUCACUGGGCUUUUAAAUGGCAUCAUCUACAUUUUUCUUAUUUUUAUAAGAAAUUAAUGAAAACCGUUUUUUAUCACAUUUGUCUCUCAGCACAGUCUGCAGGAACAUGAUGUCUGCAGGAGUUAAUGAAUCAUUUUGUUGUAUAAAUGAGGGGAAAAUGGCUUGUCCACAUUGUUUUUGAAGGGGUUGAGGUAAAUGUUCUGGUCGCUGACAAAUCUGUGAGCAAUGUUGUGUUUAUAAGCUGUAUUUUUAUUACUAACAGUCAUUGUGCAGCAACUAUAUAGACAACUAUAAGAAGGGCUGCCCUUGGCCAAACUGAGCCCUAAGCAAGUCCCACCCGCUCAUCACAAAAUGACUGUAUCACAAACAAGAGUGUCACCAGCAUUUCUGGACCUAACUGAUCUAUUACAAGCUAUUGUACUAUUUGACUUAAACAUGAAUUUAGUAGGAUACAUUUCAUACAUUUAUUAAUAAGUCAUAUGAAUAUAUGGGAAAUACAUUAUUUUGAUGCAAAGUAAAUUCUUUUGCACCAGAUUUGUUUUUUUUUUUCAAAAAAUGUUUCCAGGGCUGGGACUGAACUUCAGCCUUCUGCCUUAAGCAGCUGUAACAACACUUUUCAAAAAGUGUCCAGAGUUGGGAUUGAACAGUCCUCUGCCCUAGUAGCUGCACCAUUAUAUUGUGAGGGACUGACAACAAAUUAUUCAGGGAGAUGGUAUGGCUCAGAUGGUAGAGUGGUCGUCUCCUAAACUGCAGGUUGUGUGUUUGAUCCUCCGUCUUCCCAUGAUGAUGGGAUGAUGAAGGUAUCCUUGGGCAAGAGCUGCUCCUGAUGCUGCGUCGUCAAGUGUCAAAGCACUUUGAGGGCCCUGGCGGUAGAAAAGCGUUAUACAAGUGAAAGACCAUUUACCAUUCAGGGCUGGAUUGAAAAUGAACCCACUGCCUGAAAAGGCAGCAGCUGUACCAUUACAAUGUACCACAGCAAAUUGUUCAACCAAGCCCUCUGCCCUAAAAAGGAAGCAGUUGUACCAUUACACCACAAGGGAUUGACAACAAAUUGUUCAAUAAUUGUUCAAGGCUGGUAUUGAACCCGAACCCUCUGACUUAGAAGGCAGCAGCUGUAACAUUACAGUGUACCACAACAAAUAGUUGUUUUGUUCUUUUUUUAUUUAUUGAAAAGUGGGUGAAUUCUGCCAUUAUUCGCUCUAUGCCUCACGGGUGCAAUGCACAGCCCCUAGUAAGCCUCCAUGGCUUAUGAAGGGGUGGCUCUGACAGCUAUCAAUUGAAUCUGUGCAGCAUGUCUAAAAUGAAACAGUAAAAAAACAAAGAAGUCUGCAAAAGAAUCAAAAAAGUAUUUAUUUUGACAUUGUCAAUAUAACAUAUUACAUGUGAAAAUAAUCUAACCAAUCAGCAAAAUUCCUAACAAAAAAGUACAUCCUCAUUUAUGUCAU